UCUCAUCCAUUCCACCCCUCCAAUCCAAUUUCAACUUCCAAGUUCUGUACUCCCAACCUUUUCCUCCUCUUCUUCUUUCUUCUCCUCGUCCUCCAUUGAUAUGGCCACCGAGGUGCUGCGCCCGCACAACGUGCUCCUGCCUUCCCCGGCGCAGCGGAGGAUCCGUGCCACCGCCGCCACGCACCAGAGGACGGCCAACAACCAUCAGAGCGAUGCGAGGACCAAGCCGACGACGGCGGGAAGCCGGAGACGUCAGGGCAGGGGCUCCUCCGCCGCCAGGAAGGCGGCCGCGAGGCCUGUAGCGGUGGAGGUGUACGCCGGGCCGGCGUUCUCCGUGUCCCCCGAGCCGAGCUCUGUGCCGCUGCCGCAGUUCCCGUUCAGGAAGGCCGCCGUCACAGCCGCCGUCGAUGACGCCGCGACGCGCGACCUCCGCCGCAUGCUGCGGCUGGAGUAGUAGUAGGCUCCCGUCCGUGCUUCUCUUGCUUAUUGUUUUGUUCCCUUUCUGUUCUUGUGUUAGCAUAUGAGCUGUAUGGUAGUUCUGACUAGCCUCGUGGUGAGUGGCGCGGCCGCGCGCGUUGAGGUCACCGGCUCAGUUUUAUUGUGUGGCCGGAGACAAGUCAGACAGGUAACAGCGGCGGCCGUGAGCUCGGACGACGGCGGUGUAGAAUGAGCUAGCGCAGCGGUAUGUGGCGACCAGAUGUAAUUACAUAGUAUUUUACAUUUUACAUGGUAGACAUAUACAGUACGAGUAUAUUACGCGUAUACGGUAGGGAUCCCUUUGGUAUGUACAAUACAAGUCUAAAGUAAAUUCUAUAUAUGCUUUUUUAAAGAGAAGGCAAGAAAUUUGUGUUAUA